CUAGAGCCAGCCCCCUCUCUCUCCCUUGAACAACCUUGUCCCCUUCCUUAUAAUUAAGCCCUAAACACAAGUACAAUUGCAAAGAAAAGGAACAUAGUAUCAGUAACAAUGGGAAGAGUACCUUGCUGUGACAAAAAUGGACUCAAGAAAGGUCCUUGGACCCCAGAAGAAGAUCACAAGCUCAUCAGUUUUAUUCAACUUCAUGGACCUGGCAACUGGCGGUCCCUCCCCAAAAAUGCAGGGCUUCAAAGAUGUGGAAAGAGCUGUCGCCUUCGUUGGACAAAUUACCUGCGACCUGAUAUCAAGAGAGGAAGAUUUUCAUUUGAAGAAGAAGAGACUAUAAUUCAACUUCACAGUGUUUUGGGAAACAAGUGGUCAGCUAUAGCAGCUCGUUUGCCAGGAAGAACUGACAAUGAAAUCAAGAAUUACUGGAAUACUCAUAUAAGAAAAAGGUUGCUUAGAAAUGGAAUUGAUCCUGUGACUCAUGCCCCGCGUCUUGAUUUUCUUGACAUAUCCUCCAUUUUAACUUCAGCUUUGCGCAACCCAUCAACACUUCUCAAUCUGUCAACCUUGGUGGGCAACACUCAAGCCCUACUAAAUCCUAAUAUUUUAAGACUAGCCACCACUCUAUCAUCAUUGAAACAAGAAAAUUCGGAAAAGUUUUUGCAGAAACUACAAGAAAACCAGCUUCUCAACCCACUGUUACAAAACCAAGGUGUACCUGCAUUAUUAUCACAACCUAGGCAGUUUCAUAAUCUAGUUCAACAAGUUACUGCCUGUACCACUGCUACUACAUCUACUGGCGGGUUUAUAGACCAAAAAACACAAGUCAUGCAAGCAAACGUAGAAGGGUUUUCGUCGAAUCCGACGAGCACUUUCAGCUGUCAAAAUUCCCCAGAAAACUUCUUGCCUUCAAGUUUGAAUGAGAGUUUGGUUUCACUGCCAAACUUUUAUUGCAAUAGUACUACUCCAGAUCCUACAUUUCCUGAACUUGGAGAGUGCUCAGGAUUCCAAUCAGCAAACAAUGGAUAUCAGAACUUCAGCAUCGACUCAGUUAUAUCAACGCCUUUAAUGAGCCCGGAUCCAUUGAAUUCACCAUCAACUUAUCUCAACAGCAGCAGUACUGAGGAUGAGAGGGAGUGCUACAGCAGCUUGCUGAAGUUUGAAAUUCCUGAGAGUUUGGACAUUGAUGAUUUCCUGUAAAUAUAUAAUAUCCUAAAAUAUGAUAGAUAAUGUAAGGCUAGAGUGAGGUUUUUUGUUGUUUUUGUUUUGAAUUCUCAGUAUUUAUGUUCAUAUAUGCAUACAUAUGAAAUUUGUUAUAUUUUUUUUCUUU